CGGAGCCCGACCAGAGCCGCUCCGGGAACAGUCAAAGAUUCGCUGCCAACCUGUUGGUUCCAGUAGUGUAGCUUAGAACAGUUAAUGACUUGGCUUUCACAUCUCGCCACUGACCAUUUUUCCGGGGAGCAACUUACGGCUUAAAGACUGGCGUCGAAUUCAAGGAAUUUGAUGAAGGGUCGGCACCAGUUUCGCAGGCGGUUUAGCUUGCAACCUUCGUUCUUGAAAGAGGAGCCUGACGAAGAUAAACGUUUACACAAUUCUAGGGUUCUCAGGUCACAAAAAAGUGAAGAUGUGGAGUCGUUGGAAAAGGAGGACAGUGUGGGUCCUGUCAACAGCGUUCGCCAUAAGAUAGUAGUAAUGGGUGCGGCUAAAGUCGGCAAGUCUUCCAUCAUAACACAAUUCUUAUACGGAACCUUUUCUUCCAAGUACAAACGUACAGUUGAAGAAAUGCAUCAUGGAGAAUUCAACGUGUCUGUUGUUCAUUUAACGUUAGACAUAUUAGAUACUGCUGGUUCUUACGAAUUUCCUGCUAUGAGAGCGUUAUCAAUUUCUUCGGCGGAUGCAUUCAUCUUAGUGUAUGACGUGACUGACAGUUCCACAUUCGAGGAAGCCAGAGCCUUAAGAGAUCAAAUACAUGAAACUAAGGCUACGACUAAUGUGCCUAUCGUAGUUGUUGGGAACAAAAUCGACUUAGCUGGAAACAGACAGGUGGAUACUGCAACAACUGAAUCUGUCGUAACCGUCGACUGGGAGAAUGGUUUUGUGGAAGCUUCGGCGAAAGAGAAUAUAAACAUAACCAAGGUUUUCAAAGAGCUUUUAACACAAGCUAAGGUCAAAUACAACCUCAGUCCGGCUUUACGACGUCGAAGGAGGCAAUCUUUACCCUCACAAUCGGGGCCUCCGCCAUCGACGCCUUCUCACGCUGCGAUGAUCCCUUCGGCCGUCCAACUUCAACACUUGCAACAAAUUAGAGAUCGUCAUGGAAAAAGAAACUCUUGUGUCAUAUCUUAAAUAUAUACUAGUCGCAUCGUAGCAAUUCAAUUUCUUUAUGUACAGAAAAUAAUGAUUGAUGCCCAGAUGAAUCGGUUUUUGAUUUUUUCAAGCAAUGUUUACUGAGGGACCCACACUAUCGGAAAUGUUUAUUUUAUCUAAAUUGUUGUGUGCAGUCACAAGUACCAGUUAUAUUUUAAAAUUCCAAACUUGUACAAACUAUGCAUAUCAAGACAAUACUGCACACUAAUUGUUUUCACUAUUUUCAACAAUUUUGAACACCAAGGGCAUGGUAUCAUUGUUUUUAUGAACAUAGACCACAACUAAUUCUUCCAUAUUUAAUAACUUGAUGUCUAUCGAUUAUCUAAUAAAUGGUGUAAAUAUCUUUAAAUUUAAACAACCGACAUGUAACUACAGGUUUGAUCAAGUGUCAAUACACAAGAGUUAGUGAUUUCGAUCUACUUUUUUAUUAUGUUAAUAUAAUAAGCGUGUGCUAAAAACACGCCACUUUCCAGGGCGUCAAGUGCAGCAAUACAGUUUUUUAAAGGUUGAAGACUGUAUUAAAUCUAGUAAAACUUUGAAGUAUAAUGUAGUAGCAGAAUUACAUAUUUUUUGAGUAUAUCUAUAUAUUUUUUUAAUUUUGAUUAAACAGUUUAGUGCAUGUUUUUAUAGUUCUUAACCAAAUACAUGUAUGUAUCUCAGUACUAAGUUGUUUUUUUUUUAAUAGAAAUGAAUAUGUAGUUCUAGCUUUUGUAUUUCUGUUAGUUUUAGUUACUGUAUUAUGUGUGACUUCAAUCUUGACAAUCCAGAAUCAAUGUAUUAUUAAAUAUAGGAAAGAUGAAUGUAACGCUACUUUUCAUUUAAUAAUAAAAUAAUAA